GUGGGAAGGAAAGUAGAGCUGACACGGCCGCCGAUAGCCGACAGCUCAAUUUAGCUAAUAUCUUCGACUUGUGACCGCUUUUCGGAGCCAGAAACUUCCAGUAACGAUGCUACUUUGCGGAGCUAUUGCCGUUGGGCUUUAGAGGGGGGGAACGUAUGCCGGUGUCAUCGCUGCCCUCCUGCGCACGGGUGCCCGAAGCACAGAAGCGGGGUACAGUGUCCAUGGACCGCGGCGAAUUUGUUUUCUUUUCCGAGGGAGACGCAUAAAGUAGCAACGGAUUACAACCCCUGCGGUGAAUGGGUGGGGGGGGAAACAGCGCUCCCGCAUUCCCUAACGUGUAAAGUUUCGUCAAGAUUUCCGUCGCGGACGCUGUCAAAGAUGUCGACCAGCAGCCCCGAAGCGGUGAAGAGAUUGCUGGAGAACAUGCAGACGGACCUGCGGUCUCUCUCCAUGGAGUGCAAGAAGAAAUUCCCUCCUGUCAAAGAGGCUGCGGAGUCCGGCAUCGUGAAGAUCAAGACCAUAGCGGCCAGAAACACCGACAUACUGGCAGCCCUGAAGGAGAACAGCUCCGAGGUGGUGCAGCCUUUUCUGAUGGGCUGUGGCACCAAAGAGCCAAAGAUCACCCAGCUGUGCCUCGCUGCCAUUCAGAGACUCAUGUCCCACGAAGUGGUGUCUGAGGCGGCGGCGGGGAACAUCAUCAACAUGCUGUGGCAGCUGAUGGAAAACGGACUGGAGGAGCUGAAGCUGCUGCAGACGGUGCUGGUCCUCCUCACCACCAACACGGUGGUCCACGACGAAGUGCUCUCCAAGGCCAUCGUGCUGUGCUUCCGCCUGCACUUCACCAAGGACAACAUCACCAACAACACGGCGGCCGCCACCGUCAGGCAGGUGGUCACCGUGGUGUUCGAGAGGAUGGUGGCUGAGGACGAGCGCUUCAAAGGCAUCGUGGAGCAGCCUCCUCCGGUCCAGGGAAACACCAACCGGCGGUCGGUCAGCACUCUGAGACCCAGCGCCAAAGACGCAUACAUGCUGUUUCAGGACCUGUGCCAGCUGGUCAACGCGGAUGCCCCCUACUGGCUGGUGGGCAUGACGGAGAUGACCCGAACAUUUGGCCUGGAGCUGCUCGAGUCCGUUCUGAAUGACUUCCCCGGGGUUUUCCUACAGCACCAGGAGUUCAGCUUCUUGCUCAAAGAGAGGGUGUGUCCGCUCGUCAUCAAGCUCUUCUCGCCCAACAUCAAGUUCCGGCAGGGCAGCAGCAGCACCCCCUCACCGGCACCUGUGGAGAAGCCCUACUUUCCGAUCUGCAUGAGGCUGCUGCGAGUGGUUUCGGUCCUCAUCAAGCACUUCUACAGCUUACUGGUGACUGAGUGUGAGAUCUUCUUGUCUCUGCUGGUGAAGUUUCUUGACGGGGAGAAGCCCCAGUGGCUCAGAGCGGUGGCCGUGGAGUCGGUCCACCGGCUCUGCGUGCAGCCUCAUUUGUUACGGUCGUUCUGCCAGUCGUACGACAUGAAGCAGCACUCCACGAAGGUAUUCAGGGACAUCGUGAACGCCCUCGGCUCCUUCAUUCAGUCUCUCUUCAUCGUUCCCAAUGCGGGCAACCCCGCAGCGGUCAGCGCCCCGGCUGCUGGGUCGGGUUCGGGGCCUCAGGGAGCAGCACAAGGCGGCCAAGGGCCAGGAGGGUCCAGCGGCGCCCUGACCACCCAGGCUGCGUUUGAAUACCGCGGGACCUGGAUCCCCCUCAUGACCGUCAGCGUCCAAGGCAGCGCCAAGGCUACAUAUUUAGAGAUGCUGGACAAAGUGGAGCCGCCAUCCAUCCCAGAAGGCUACGCCAUGUCAGUGGCCUUCAGCGCCCUGCUGGACCUGGUGAGGGGCAUCACCUCCAUGAUUGAGAGAGAGCUGUCCGCGGAGGAGCAGGCUGCCGUGGAGUUCAGGGAGAAUCACCCCGAUCAGGAGUUUAAGCCACAAGCUGGGUCCCACCUUGUGUGGGAGGAGAUGGUGAAUGCCUGCUGGUGUGGUCUGCUGGCUGCUCUGUCUCUGCUGCUGGAUGCCAGCACCGACGAGUCGGCCACGGAGAGCAUCCUGAAGGCAGAGCUGACCAUGGCCUCGCUCUGCGGCCGGCUGGGCCUCGUGACGCCUCGGGACGCCUUCAUCACCGCCAUCUGUAAGGCCUCCCUGCCCCCCCAUUACGCCCUGACUGUUCUGAGCAGCAACGCCGCCAACCUCUCCAGCAAAGCCUAUUCCAUCCAGGGCCAAAGUGUGCAGAUUAUCAGCCCCUCGAGUGAAUCGCAUCAGCAGGUGGUGGCCGUGGGGCAGCCGCUUGCCGCUCAGCCCCAGGGCACUGUGGUGCUGACUGCAAAGAACAUCCAAUGCAUGCGCACCCUGCUGAACCUGGCCCAUUGCCACGGAGCCGUGCUGGGCACCUCCUGGCAGCUGGUACUGGCUACUCUCCAGCAUUUGGUUUGGAUCCUGGGGCUUAAACCCGGGGCAGGUGGUGCUCUGAAACCUGGUCGAGCAGUAGAAGGACCCAGCACGGUACUGACCACCGCCGUGAUGACAGACCUGCCCGUCAUCUCCAACAUCCUGUCCAGACUGUUUGAGAGCUCCCAAUACCUGGAUGACGUGUCGCUGCAUCACUUGAUCAAUGCACUCUGCUCCCUCUCUCUGGAGGCCAUGGAGAUGGCUUAUGGAAAUAACAAGGAACCGUCUCUGUUUGCAGUGGCAAAGUUGCUGGAAACUGGCCUGGUCAACAUGGAGCGCAUAGAAAUACUUUGGAGGCCGCUGACGGGGCACUUGUUGGAGGUCUGUCAGCACCCAAACUCCAGAAUGAGAGAGUGGGGAGCAGAGGCGUUGACGGCGCUUAUAAAAGCGGGGCUCGCUCACAAACAUGACCCUAUGCUGGCCCAGAAUCAGCGGCUGCAGCUCCUGCUGCUGAACCCCCUAAAGGAGCUCUCCAACGUGCUGCACGCAGACAUCCGGCAGAAGCAGCUGGAGUGCGUCCUGCAGAUCCUGCAGAGCCACGGCGACGGCCUGGGGCCCGGCUGGCCCCUCGUGUUGGGCGUCAUAGGAGCCAUCCGCAACGAUCAGGGCGAGUCGUUGAUCCGAACAGCCUUCCAGUGCCUGCAGUUGGUGGUGACGGACUUCCUCCCCACCAUGCCUUGCACGUGCCUGCAGAUCGUCGUAGAGGUAGCCGGCAGCUUCGGCCUUCAGAACCAGGAGCUCAACAUCAGCCUCACGUCUAUCGGCCUGCUGUGGAACAUUUCCGACUACUUCUUCCAAAGAGGCGAAGCCAUCACCCAGGAGCUGGAAAGGGAGGAGGAAGCCCUCCAGAAGCAAGCCCAGGAGAAAGGGGAAACCCUCAACAGGCCUUUCCACCCCGCCCCUCCCUUUGACUGCCUCUGGCUGUGCCUGUACGCCAAGCUGGGCGAGCUGUGCGUGGACCCGCGGCCGGCCGUGCGGAAAAGCGCCGGCCAGACGUUGUUCUCCACCAUCGCUGCCCACGGGACGCUGCUGCAGCAGCCGACGUGGCACAUCGUGGUGUGGAAGGUCCUUUUCCAGCUGCUGGACUGCGUGAGGACGUCCUCCACCACGGCGGACAAAGAGAAGAUCGAGUCCGGUGGUGGGAACAUCCUCAUCCACCACUCGCGCGACACGGCCGAAAAGCAGUGGGCCGAGACCUGGGUGCUGACGCUAGCCGGGGUGGCGCGCAUCUUCAACACCAGGCGCUAUCUGCUCCAGCAGCUAGGGGAUUUCUUCGAGGCCUGGGAGGUGCUGCUGAACCACAUUCAGUCGGCCGCCCUCAGCAAAAACAACGAGGUGUCCCUCGCCGCCCUCAAGAGCUUCCAAGAGAUCCUGCAGAUCGUCACGCCCGUCAAAGACUCCGACAGAGUGGGAGACGCCCUCGCCGCCAUGGGCGUGCCCCCGGUCCUCAUCGACCCCCUCUCCGCCUCCGGCCCGGGCAGACCCCUGCUGCGUUCGGACUCGCUGGUGGAGCGGCUGACCAGGUACAACGGCGCCGAGCUGCAGGCGCCGCCGCCGGGCGAGGAGUCGGCGCUGGAGGACUCGGCGCUGUGGUGGUCGGCGUGGAACACGUGGUACCGGACGGGCACCGAGAGCACCCGGCCGCCCAACGGCCCCACCGAGAAGCUGUCCUUCAUCCCCAGCCAGCCUUUCCUCACCGCCCUGGUCCAGAUUUUCCCCGCACUCUACCAGCACAUCAAAGCCAACUUCAGCAUGGAGGACCUGAAAAAGCUGGGCGUCAUCCUCCACGGGGCCGUCUCCGUGCCCAUCAGCAGCGACGCCUCGCCCUUCAUCCUCCCCUCCUACACCGAGGCGGUGCUCACCAGCCUGCAGGAGGCCGUCCUCACUGCUCUGGAUGUGUUGCAGAAGGCCAUCUGUGUGGGCCCGGAGAACCUGCAGGUCAUGUACCCGGCCAUCUUUGAACAGCUGCUGCUCUUCGUGGAGUUUUCCUGCAAGCCUCCCCAGUACGGCAGGAUGGAAACCAAACACGUGGCCAAUGCCAAAUACAACCAGAUCCAGCUAUUUGCACCGGCAGAAUGGGUGGCCUUAAACUAUGUGCCCUUUGCUGAGCGCUCCUUGGAGGUGGUGGUGGACCUGUACCAUAAAACGGCGUGCCACAAAGCCGUCAUCAACGAGAAGGUGCUGCAGAACGUCAUCAAGACGUUAAGAAUGCCUUUGGGUUUGAAGUACGCCUGUCCUUCAGAGAGCACCUGGAAGCUGGCCGUGUCAUCUCUCCUUAAGGUCUUGUCCAUUGGACUGCCAGUUGCACGCCAGCACGCCUCAUCUGGAAAGUUUGACACUAUGUGGCCCGAGUUGGCCAAUGCCUUUGAAGACUUUCUCUUCACCAAAAGCACUCCCCCGGAUAACGUCUCCAUCCAGGAAUUUCAAAAGAAUGAAGCCGUUGACGUGGAGGUUGUCCAACUGAUCAGCACAGAGAUUUUACCAUUUGCCAACUUCAUCCCCAAAGACUUUGUUGGCCAGAUCAUGGCCAUGCUCAAUAAAGGUUCCAUUCACUCCCAGUCUCCCUCCUUCACAGAGGCGGAGAUAGACGUGCGGAUGCGGGAGGAGUUCUCGAAGGUGUGUUUCGAGACCUUGCUGCAGUUUUCGUUCAGCAACAAGGUGUCCACCCCGCAGGAGGGCUACAUCUCCCGCAUGGCGCUCUCUGUGCUCCUCAAACGGUCCCAGGACGUCCUCAGGCGCUACGUAGAGGACGAGCGGCUGAGUGGACGCUGCCCCCUACCGAGGCAGCAGGUGACCGAGAUUAUCUUUGUAUUGAAAGCCAUCAGCACUUUGAUGGACUCGCUGAAGAAGACACACCCAGAAAACGUGGAUGGUAAUACGUGGGCUCAGGUGAUUGCACUAUAUCCUACGCUAGUGGAGUGCAUUACCUGCUCCUCAUCUGAGGUGAGCUCAGCCCUGAAGGAGGCCCUGGGGCCCUUUAAAGACUUCAUGCAGCCACCUGUCUGCAAAGUCCAGAAUGGAGAGUCCUGACCGGGCUCACCCUCUGCUCCUCGUUUUUAUAAAGAAGAAACACUGAGUCUUGAUUCUUAUUCCGGGCGGCUUCGCAAGCCGCUCGGACAUGAACUCCACAUGAACUCCAUCUUCGAUGACGUUAAGAAAAACCAAGCCGAGGUCGCCCCAGACCAGAUCCAGGCACCCCGGACUUCACACUCAUUAUCGUGUGCUUCUCAUGUGACCCGAUGAUUCAUAUGCCCCUCCACCCUUCCACUCUCAUACAAACUGACUGCAAUGGCCUGUUAACCACAGAGAUUAAAAGAAAAAAUUGCAGCGUUGCUUCUGAGUUUUGUUUUAUUUUAUUCUCCUGAAGAGGCUGCAUCGAUGUACAGUGUGUGGUGAUAGUGUUGAAUAUGUAAUUAAUGAUGAUUUCAAAAGAAAAAAAAAGGCAAAAACUGGGGCUUAAACGUUUGUGACAUUUUCCAGUUUGAAGAUUUUAUGCAAAAAGAACAACAAAUCUUACUAUAACAUUCCAUGUCAUCUUUAGCCAGCCAUCUGAUGAUUGUAUGUGUCUGUGUAAAAUAAAUGGGACAAUUCUACAAUCAGCUCUAUGGCAUGUGUGCUCAGUCAUGACUUAAAGUGCUUAAAGCUGAUCAAAAAACUAGAUUUCCCUAAGACCUGCUAAAUGUUUA